AUGGCAGGCCGCUUUGUGCGCUCCUCCAAAUACCGGCACGUGUUUGGUCGUCCGACUCGCAAGGAACAAUGCUAUGACAAUCUGCGAGUGUCAAAGAAUGCCUGGGACACAAAUUUGGUCAAAGCCAAUCCAGAAUACCUCGCACUCAACUGGGACAGUAGCGGUGGUGGUGCCUUUGCUGUCAUUCCCACAAGCGAGAAGGGGCGCCUUCCAGAACGAAUACCGCUCUUCCGAGGACAUACAGCAGUGGUCUUGGACACAGAUUGGAAUCCUUUCAAUGACUCCUUGAUUGCCUCUGGUUCCGACGAUGGGAAGGUCUUCCUCUGGAGGGUCCCAGAUGACUUCACGCUACAUAUAGACCUGCCUGCAGACGAGAUCCAGGACAUUGCCCCAGUCGGAAAGCUCAGCGGUCAUCCCAAAAAAGUAGGGCAUGUGCUCUUUAACCCUGCAGCCGAAAACGUGCUCGCUUCAGCUGCUGGAGACUUUACCGUGAAGAUAUGGGAUAUCGAAUCUGGUGCUUCUAAGCUCUCCCUGAAGGUCGGCGAGGUCAUCCAGUCUUUGUCGUGGAGCGCAAAUGGUUCCCUCUUGGUCACCACUUCUCGAGACAAGAAGCUGCGGAUAUGGGACACCCGGCAGGAGAAGCCAGUCCACGAAGGGGCGGGCCAUGCCGGAGCGAAGAACAGCAGAGCCGUAUGGAUGGGUGAACAUGAUCGCAUCGCCACUACCGGCUUCUCCAGGAUGAGCGACCGUCAGCUGGCGUUGUGGGAUAUCCGAAACGCCCAAGAACCCGUUGAUGGCUUCCAGAUGCUAGACUCGAUAUCUGGAGUCUGCAUGCCAUUCUGGGACGAAGGCACGCAAUGUCUGUUCCUCGCUGGUAGAGGUGACGGCAACAUCCGAUACUACGAAUACGAGCACGACAGAUUCGAAUACCUCUCGGAGUACAAGUCAGCUGACCCACAACGCGGAGUCGCUUUCGUGCCCAAGAGAGGCGUCAACCUUCACGAGAACGAAGUUGCGCGAGCAUACAAGACUGUGAAUGACAGCUAUAUCGAACCCAUUUCCUUCAUUGUACCCAGACGAGCAGAAACAUUCCAGGAGGACAUCUACCCACCCACGACUGGUUUGAAACCUGCUGUAAGCAGCAAAGAAUGGUUUGAUGGUGCUGACGGAUUGCCACCAAAGAUCUCCAUGGAGAGCUUGUACGAGGGGACCGGUGUGAAAGAAAUUCCUGCGGAGGAGGCCAAGCCAGUCAAGAAGGCUCCCGAAGCGAUCAAGGCUGUCGAACCGAAGAAAGCAGUUGCCGAGCCGGCUCCGGAACCAACACCAGCAGCCAUUCGAUCUCCUCCCCCUUCAAUGAAAGAGCAAGGUGCUACCAUGGCGUCUGCUGCCGACAAGUUCAAAGACACUGAACCCACAGAGGAGGCGGACGAAGAAUCAGAUUUUGAGGAGGUAGAGAAGCCUGUCGAGCGAACCAGUGCGACUAAGCCAGCAGCUCUUGCGGAGAAAGCUGAGUCCUCAGCGCCACCUGCAAACAAAGACUCUACUGAAGCCGCUCCGAACCACAAGAUGACUGAAAAGGAACUACCCGAGGAGCAAAGCGCUGAAAACGGCGAAGCUUCCAACAUGCCAACAUCACCCUCGACAUCAAACCCCACAGAACAAGAGAUCAAGAACCUGAAGGCCAUUCUGGCACAGCAGUCACGGCAGAUCAGCACUUUAACCAAGACGGUGGAACAACUCGUUUCAGAGGUGAAAGCCUUGAAAGCGUCAUAG